GCUAUAAGGUCACACAGUCGUGAUAAAGUAAGAGACUUCUUCCUGGCUAGCAAAAGUCUAGCAUGGUGGUUGAUAGGUACUUCUCUUUUUGCUGCAAAUACUGGUAGUGGCCACUUUAUAGGCAUGGCUGGGCUAGGAGCGGCUUCAGGGAUUGCUGUUGGGGCCUUGGAAUGGAAUACUAUAUUUAUGCUCUUUAUUCUUGGUUGGAUAUUUAUACCUAUUUAUAUUAAGGCUGAGGUGGUAACUUUGCCAGAAUAUUUAAGGAAGAGGUUUGGUAGCAUCCGACUCCAGAUGCUCCUCUCUAUUCUGUUUUUAAUUGUCUGUGUCUUCAAUAGGAUCUUGUUGGAGAUCUGCUAUGGUGCCACGUUCUUGAAAAUGGUUUGGGACAUAGAUAUUUACCAGACUUCCCUGGUCGUGCUGACAAUCGCUGGCGUUUAUACCAUCACAGGUGGUUUGAUAGCUGUGGCUUAUGUUGAGGCCUUGCAAGCUGGUAUUAUGAUUUUUGGAUCAGUCUUGUUAAUGGGUUAUGCCUUUAGUGACGUGGGAGGAUACCAGGGGCUGCUGAAAAGUUAUUUCCACGCUAUUCCAAAAAUGAUCAGCAAAGGAAACUGGACUGCCAAGACAGCAUGCUAUAUUCCUCGUCCAGGCUUUCAUAUCUUUCAAGACCGCAACUCUGGAGACAUCCCUUGGCCUGCACUUGUCUUUGGUGCCACUUCUCUGUCCUUGUUCUAUGGGUGCGCUGAUCAGGUUUCUGUCCAGCGAUUCCUGGCAGGAAAGAACAUGUCUCACAUGAAAGGUGGCUGCCUUCUAUAUGGAUACCUAAUGCUGUUGCCCAUGUUCCUCAUUGUGAUGCCAGGAAUGAUCAGCCGCACCUUGUUCCCAGAUGAAGUGGCAUGUGUUGUGCCAUCAGAAUGUCAAAAGUAUUGUGGUGCUGAAACCACUUGCAGCCUCCUGGCUUAUCCAAUGCUGGUGACAGCAGUGCUGCCUACCGGACUACAAGGCUUAAUGGUGUCCACAAUAUGUGCUGCCCUCAUGUCUUCCUUGACUUCUGCUUUCAACAGUGCCAGUGCCCUGUUCACAAUGAAUAUCUAUCUCUGGAUGCGGCCUCUGGCCACUGAAAUGGAACUCAUGGUAUCAGGAAGGUGA